UUUUUAAGUUUGGAACAAAAUUUCUUUUAUAAAUGUGCACAUAAAUUUUAAGUAUAUCGAUAGCAGUGUCGCGAUCAGCUGAUGUAAUUAACAGCGGCGAAAUCAAAACAAGAAUGAUUAUUUAAGGGCUUAGCGCGUUUAAAAGAACCGUGGGGCGAGUGACGCUUAUCAAAACUGAUGCAGGUCAGAGGUUAUCGGCAAUAGGUUGCUGUUGUGAGCAAAAGAGAGCCGUUACAGUUUGCUAGUAUUGAAUCGGAAGUCAGACACAGCAUAAGAAGAUAUCUGCACACACGAUUUAACCGCCCGCAGCAUCAACAUGCAACAAGUACGCUUCUCUCUGAAUAGGCUCCAACAGUUCAACAAUAUAUCGCGCCAACUGUGCUCGUUAACAACGAUAGUUAACAGCUGUAAAAAUCAACGGCGCAUCAUAUUCGCCGCACAGCCAACGACUGUGAAAUCGCCGUUAAUAUCAUCGUGCGCAUUGCCCCACACCAGCAGAAGUUAUUCAGAUUGUGGACAGUCGAAAAUGUCGGGUCAAAAGUUAUUGCAAGCCACGUUGGAGGAGAGCGAUCCUGUGCUCGCAGAGAUCAUUGUAAAUGAGAAGCAACGCCAGCGUGAGAGUCUGGAGAUGAUUGCCAGCGAGAACUUCACCUCGCUGGCUGUGCUCGAGUCUCUGGGCUCCUGUCUGACCAACAAGUACUCCGAGGGUUAUCCAGGCAAGCGCUACUAUGGCGGCAAUGAGUUCAUUGAUCAGAUUGAAUGCCUGGCACAGACACGUGGCUUGGAGUUGUUCAACUUGGACGCAGAACAGUGGGGCGCCAAUGUGCAGCCCUAUUCCGGCUCACCGGCUAAUCUGGCCGUGUAUACGGGCGUGCUGCGUCCACAUGAUCGCAUCAUGGGCUUGGACUUGCCCGAUGGCGGCCAUUUGACCCACGGUUUCUUUACACCCACUAAACGCAUCUCGGCCACAUCCAUAUUCUUUGAGAGCAUGCCCUACAAGGUGAACCCCGAGACGGGCAUCAUAGACUACGACAAAAUGGCCGAGGCGGCGCGCACUUUCCGUCCACAGAUUAUCAUUGCCGGCAUGUCCUGCUAUGCACGUCUGCUGGACUACGAGCGCUUCCGCAAGAUCUGUGACGAGGUGGGCGCCUAUCUUAUGGCUGACAUGGCGCAUGUCGCUGGCCUGGUUGCCGCCGAGCAGAUUCCCUCGCCUUUCGAGUACGCCGACAUUGUGACCACCACCACACACAAGACGCUGCGAGGUCCACGCGCCGGUGUCAUCUUCUUCCGCAAGGGCGUGCGCAGCACCAAGCCCAAUGGCGAGAAGGUUAUGUACGAUCUGGAGGAGCGCAUCAAUCAGUCGGUGUUCCCAUCGCUGCAAGGUGGUCCACAUAACAAUGCGAUUGCCGGCAUUGCCACCGCCUUUAAGCAGGCCAAGACGCCCGAGUUCAAGGUCUAUCAGGCGCAGGUGCUGAAGAACUCCAAGACACUGUGCAAGGGCUUGAUGGACUUGGGCUAUCAGGUGGCCACUGGCGGCACCGAUGUGCAUCUGGUGCUGGUCGAUGUGCGCAGCGCGGGUCUAACCGGUGCCAAGGCUGAGCUCAUACUCGAGGAGGUGGGCAUUGCCUGCAAUAAGAACACUGUGCCCGGCGACAAGUCCGCCAUAAAUCCAUCGGGCAUUCGCUUUGGCACACCAGCGCUAACCACACGUGGUCUGGUCGAGAAGGACAUUGAGCGCGUGGUUGGCUUCAUUGAUGCUGCGCUCAAGAUUGGUGCCGAUGUUGUCAAGGCUGCCGGCAGCCCCAAGAUGGCCGACUUCAACAGAGAGCUCGCCGAGAAUGCAGAGAUCAGAAAGCAGUUGAAGCAACUGCACCAGUGUGUCAAAAAAUUCAGUUGCCAGUUCCAUUUGCCCGGACAGGAGGUGUACUAAGGACACAAGCGUUUUACCUUCCUUUUUUUUUUUUCUUUGUAAAAUGCCUUGGCAUUUAUUAAA